GGUCCUCCUGCGACGUCAGUAGCUCUGUCCUAAUGAAGUCUAUACCAGGAUCUGACACUUCCUGAGGCUGUCCCUUCACAAAUCCAGACAGUAGGACCGGUUUUCUCGACAGAUGGAAGUUAGGAGAGCAACAACUGUGAACUAACCCUUUUCUACUGACUUCCCCAUCUCUCGUUUUCAAAGACGGUGGAGGCAGGUCCCUUUCAGAUUUUUGAUCCCAAGCAACUUCCUAUGCUAAGAAUUUUGACCGAGGCAGGCAACGUUCACACAAACGUCUAACUCUCCCAGCCCGAGGUUCCGCACGGUUCCUCACAAACCGAAAGAGCAGCCCUGCGCAUGCGCCUUCCACAUACACCUCCCUUUCCCCCCCUCUGGCAUAACGGCACCUGCGCAUGCGCGAUUAUAGCCCAUAGACCGCCCCGGUGCGGUAGUCGUUGGAAGUGGGAGCGCGAUGACAAGCGCGGGGUCCGCGAUUGGGAGUCCAAAUAAAAUUGGGGAGCCGACGCUUUCUGGCAGCGGCACUAAGAAACGGGAUUCGCUCGGGUCAUCACCGGCCCACGCUAUUGCGAAAGAUGUUGGAGAAAUUUAUUCCCGCAUUUUGGAUCACAGAGCAGUUAUUCAAGGAGAAAUUCGCUAUUUCAUUAAAGAAUUUGAGGAAAAACGUGGUCUCCGUGAAUUGCGGGUUCUUGAAAACCUAAAGAACACCGUUUUUGAGGCAAAUGCCGAAACUCUGCCAAAGUGUGAGGAAGUAAUGCAUGGAAAUCUGAAUGAAGCCCUUAGGAGAUUACACAUAGCCAAUGAAAUGAUCAGCAGACUUCAGCAGAGAGAGCAGGAAAACUUACAGCUUCAAACUGAGAAGCGAAUGACUGGAGAAACACAACGUAGAGCACAAUGGGAGGAAUUCAUGAAGGAGCAGCAGAAUAUAAAAGUGGUUGUGGAUGAAGAGCACACAAAAGCUAUGGAGCGCCUCAAAGAACAGUAUGAUGCAAUGGAAAAGGAUUUGGCAAAAUAUGCUGCUUAAGAAACUCUUUAUUCACAGUAAGACUGUUCCUUGUUUACAGUAUUCCCAUCUUAUUCCAACAUUUCCCAGUUUUGGGAUGAACAGCAAUACAUAAUGUGCAUAUCAAGAACUCUUUAAGAAAGUUCAGAAACAAGAGAAAUUAAUCUCUUGACAUUGAAUGAUUAUUUAUGUUCAGGGUUAAUUUUUUAAAGAACCAAACAUGCAGAGGAAUACCCACAGGAUUCCUCUUUAAUAUACUACACGGGUUGCACUGAUCAGUCCACUGUCUUAUACUGGACAUCUCUGUUGUUCUUCAUGUAGCCUUUUUGAACGACCUGUCACUCGGAAUUUGGCUAGUUAGAUGAGGGGAAGAAGCACAACUGUUUGCCGAAUUCCUGUGAUUCUCUCUUCCACAGCGUUGUAGACGUGCAGUGCACCAAGGUUUAUGAACGGCUUCUUUGUGGAAUAAUGUCACCAACAGAAAUGUCACUUGGAAAGAGUGAUAUUUUUUGACAAGUUGUUGAAAUGAAAUAGAAUGAUGGAAACAGAUGGAGACCUAACCUGCUUUUAAAAGUAUUCUUCUAAUUUCCUUCCCAAUAUAUAUUUGUCUUGUUGGCAGUUCAUUGUAUGAAGUACUAAUCAUAAUUGGACAGUAAUACCUAAAAUCUGUGACAGUACUUUAUGUCAAACAGGGAUGACAUAUUUUGUUGUUGUUGUUAAUGGUGUGGAUGAACAGUUGUAUGAGAUGCAGAAUUUCAUAUAUCCAGUCGUUACUACAAAGCAUGCAAAAUUAGCAUAAUGGAGGGAAUGCUCCUUAAUUAGCCUUCUGUAACCUUUUUUUAAAAAAA